ACAAGCAGGUUUAGUACAGUAAGUCAUAAAGAGGUUCUCUAGAAACAAGGAAGGAGACUACUAAAAGAUACUAAUGGCGCAGUAAAACAUGGGACAGAGUGAUAUAUUCUACAAUAGGAUAUAAUUUCCAUUAUGGAAAACUAUCUGAAUAGAGACAAUCUAAAACACAAGGAAAGACUGAACACCAAGGAGUAAGACCACCUACAACCACAGAGUCCAGCAGAUUCUGUCUCUGCGCAGGAUGGCUACCCCUUCUAGUUCUGCGUUUUCUGAAUGUAAAACUGGAGACACAUUGUGUGAGAUCCGUGUGUAUGAACAGGAAGUGAUAAUCGUACCAGUGUUGUUUUUGAUGAGUUUCUUGGUCACGCUGGUGUUUCUGCUGCUGCUGAAGUUCUGUCCUGAGAAGGUGGAUCGCCUGCAACCCAGGUCCAGUCAAACAACCAGGACUAGGAGAAAUUUGCAAGGCAUUGAUGCUCCGCAGGGUCUGAAUGCUCUUGAAGGUGAGCCCAUAGCAUUGGACACUACGUCUUACAUGACGUUCAACCCAGUUCGAGACUCCUAUAGAACUGAACAUGCCUCGUUCAAUCCCAACAAUGUGGCCUUUACUGAUGGCGGAGGCUCUUUUGGCGCCACAGCUUCAGCCUUCACAAAGCCCAGGGAAAUUCCACGACAGCGACUUCCGGAGAACUUCAAAGGGGUGUCUCCUCUCCCGGUAUCAUACUCUCUAAAGUCAGACAGCUCCGUCUCAAUCUACAGGGCUCGUAUGGAAAACAGAAAUGUGGUGCUGCGUGUACUUAAAGAUUCAGCCAGUAGCCAGGAAAGUCAGUCAUUCUUGGGCUUUGCGUCCUUCCUUUCUCAGUUAGGGCCCCAUCCCUUCUUACCGGAGCUUCUGGGAGUUAUAUCCCUGCGAGCUCCUCUCAUUACUGUUAUUGAAGAGAUGGAGAACAGAGAUCUGCUCGGAUUCCUCUGGAAGUGUAGACAGGAUAAUGUUGGACCAGACGGCAUGUAUCAAAUGACAGAAAAAAAGAUCUUCACCAUGGCUUCACAUGUGUCCUCUGCACUGGACUUUCUCCAUAGCAAAGAUCUUCUCCACUGCAACAUCAAAGCUCACAGUGUGUUAGUCAGCAAGAUGUGUACUGCAAAACUCUGGGGUUUGGGCGAUUUGUUUGCAAGGACAUCAGCAAGUGCUAAUCACAGUGAAGAUCCUGGAAGAAAAAAGUGGCAAGCUCCUGAGCUACUUGCCAAGAGACCAGCCACUCCAAAAAGUGAUGUUUGGUCAUUCGGGCUGCUGCUGUAUGAAAUGGUGACUCUUGGUGAGGUCCCCUUUGCUGAAAUCCCUGCAAAGGAACUUCUACAAUAUCAUCAGCGAGGGAAAACCCUGAAGAAACCGAACAACUGCUCCAACUCACUUUAUUCACUUAUCAAAGCUUGCUGUCAGUGGAAGGAACAUGACCGCCCCUCACUGGCUGAGGUCAGGCGUAAGCUCCAAUCAGGAGAGAAGAGUGCCAAUGACAGCAGUGUUAUCCGUGUGCCUGGGCCAAUCAAUAUUGAACAGUAUCUGAAGGAAGCAGGUUAUGAAGAAUCCAACAACUACACUAUUUUCUAAACUCCACAUGCCUCUUCACAAUACAUCACACAUAUAUAAAUAUAUUAUUUAGUGUUUAGUGUGGUGUAAACUGUUCAUCUCCAGUGCUUCCUGCUGAGUGAAUCGAGUGUUGACAUUUAGAGAAUGUUUACAGAUAUUAUUCUUUAUUGCAACACUGCCAAAUUCUAGGAUUUUGUUAUCAUGAAUAAAAUCCUGAAUGAACUUUAUAGUUAAGAUAUUUGAACCUGAUGCUAUUAAAAGGUGGAGUUUAAAGCAAUAAA